UAGGCUUUGUUUGGCCAUGCGAAAUUUGUAUUUAUUUUGGUUUUAUUUCUGUUGCGUGUCUUGCCCGUCGAUAUAAAAACGGAAGGACGCUUUACAGAACUCGCUGGAUGUGUUCCGCAUAUAUCCGGUAUGAAUUGAAGCUCCUGGGCUGCAAAAUGGUAUUCGGUGAAGUUACUUGGUAGUUGCGUGGACAACGAAUGCAGCUGGAGUGUAAUGGCGUGAAAUGGUUCAGGCGUUAAGCUUUUCCCAAGAAGCUUUUUAUCGUAUCUUUAAAUUACACCGCGACUAGUAUCAUUGUUUAUUCGGUUUUCAGCCAUUUACAUGGCUGGGUAAUUUUACAGCACGGAUUCAGGUUAAGUGUGCACACCUUUUAAAGGUACAAAAGCAGAGAUAUCAGACUACACGCUCUUACCCAUUGGGCUUUUAGUGCAACGUCACUGAAGUUCAUCCAAGUAUCCGCUGUAUAAAUAACGUGUUUAUCUCAACACGCAAAGAACACAAGGCACUCAUUUAUUAAGCAUUAUAAUUUGCAUCUUAUUUUAAACUUUAUGAUCAGCUUGAAUGAUUUUCUGUGAAUUUGCGGGGAUUGAAUAUUUUCACCCACACGUCAGGGUCGGACGUUGGCCGAUUGAGUUGGUCCGCGCCGCGGCCGGUCCUCUUUCGGCACGGGGAGCCCCGCGCCCCAUGGUCGGGCGCCCCACCCCGCGCCGGGACCAUGCUGGCUCCGCUGCUGCGCAGGAACGUCUCACAGAGGCUGAGCAUCAUCCUGCUGGCGUUCGGCUUCGUCUGGGGCCUCAUGCUCAUGCGCUACACCCUCCAGCAGCCGCGCCACCAGAGCAGCGCCCAGCUGCGGCAGCAGAUCCUCGACCUCAGCAAGAGAUACGUCAAGGUGCUCACCGAGGAGAACCAGAACGCUCCUGGGCCGCAGGGAACCUCCAUGGCUGGAUACGCUGACCUGAAACGGACCAUUGCCGUUCUGUUGGAUGACAUCCUGCAGCGACUGGUCAAACUCGAGGGCAAAGUGGACACGGUGAUGAACGGCUCGCUGACGAACAGCACUCACAGCGUCGGUGGGCUUCCUGUUCCCGCCCCCGCCACAAGGCAGGAGAUGCCCCCCGUGCGCCCGGAAUCAGCUGACAAGCCAGGCCAAGGGAGAUAGCCUGCUUGCUCCGAUUGGCUAUCGCUUCAUAUCAACGCCUCCUGAUUGGCUGAAUUAUGUGCUUGGCAUUUUUUCUCACCGAAUUAAUAGACAUUGUUUUGCUCCAGCAUAAAAUGUGACUUUUCACGUUGCGUCAACAGCACCUUUUGUGCCCUUACAAUAGAAGCACAUAAUAAUUGUCAGUAACUCCGCACUUCGCAACAGCCACGCUGUUUCGCAAUCAGGACGGCGAAUGCUCCAAAUAACUAUACUCCUCGUGUAAAUAUGUUGGCCGCACCUGUGGCAUCUUUCUAAAUAUCUUGUACUCGACUGCAGCCUGUUGAAACACUUGUCUUUCAGCAGCUGGGUGAUCAUGAAGGCAGCCGUCGUCAUGUUAUAGUCCUAAAUUAUAGCAUUUCUUAAAUUAUGAAUGAUAUCCAAAGAAUUUCAUUUGCACUGUAUGCAGAGGAGCAAUACGAGCAUUACUUAGGUUUAUCCGUGAUAAACGUCGUAAAAAGUAGAAUGUACAUUUUAUCAAGUUAUAUAUACACAUAAUUUAUCCUUAGAGGGGUUGAUCUCCACUUGCAAAACAAGGCUAAUUGAGGCGAAUUGGUUAGUGUGUGAAAUCAGAAGCCGUAAACAUUGAAGCCUUGUGUUUUUUGUUUUUUUUAAACGGCUUCUGCUCACUGUUACACAUUGAUAAUUAUUGCAGUGGAUACACAGACACCAGCUUUAUGCAGUGUGUUUUUUUUAAAUAAGCAUGUGUUCAUAGAGAACAGUACUGCCUUUAUACAGCUGAGGUUUGCCAGUGUACAUUUCAGGCCAAUAAUUAAAGGUUGUUCUCAGGAAAAAGGAAAAAAAAAAAGUAAUCAAGUAGAGGGGAAAAGAAUUAACAAACCACACAUAUAUCAGUAAUCAAGCCAUUGAUAAGUAGCUGCUUUCUUGAAUUAAUAUCUUUGUAGAGAGCUAAAAUUAUAUAGAAUCUAAUGUUAUGGUUUCUGUACAAUUGUUUUAUGUUUUAUAGACAUUAGAUGCCAAUGAAUAAGAUGGAUUUAGCCGGUAACAGUUGUCUGUAUCCAUGAUUUGUCUAGUUUUACCUCCGAUGGCUUUAAAAAAUAACUGCUUUGGCUGCUUCAGGCCACCAUACUUAUUCAUGUUUAUAAUAUUCCAUUAUACAUGUGCUAAUCACUGUUUUGUCACUUGCUGUGUUUUCAUUUCAUGUACAAACUUUGAAUACAUCUGUUUGGCAGUUUUUGUUAAGUUGUCUCUUUGGAUCAUUAAAGCUAUUUUAAUCAUUUCUAA